AUGCAGUGCUCUGCGGCCAUGGAUAUCCUCUUCCUGAUGGAUGGGUCCUACAGUGUGGGCAGAGGUGGCUUUGAAAGGUCCAGACACUAUGCUCUAAAACUCUGCCAAGCUCUCGAUGUUGGACCUGAGAAGGUACGAGUUGGCUUGAUCCAGUAUGGUUCCAGUCCCCAUCUGGAGUUUGCUCUGAAUUCUUACACCACAAAGCAGGAACUGAAGAAGAAAAUGCAGAAGGUGACUUACAGGGGAGGGAGCACCCAGACUGGUCUAGCUCUCAAGUACGUGCUGAGGAAGGGUUUCCGUGGCGGCCGCAACACAUCCACCACAGCACAAGUCGUUAUCCUGUUGUCUGAUGGGAUUUCACAAGGCAACGUUGCACAGGCAGCGUCACAACUUAAGGCAACAGGUGUGCGCUUGUUUGCUGUGGGUCUGCGCUCCCCCAGAUGGGAGGAGCUAUUCACUGUGGCCACUGACCCGAUAGAGAACCAUGUUUUCUACGCUGAGCACUUCUCUGAUGCCAUCAACGGCUUGUACACAACAUUAAGCUCCUUGUCUGUUUGCAACGCCAUACCUGCAGGAUGUCAGGCGAAGUUGUUUCCCUGUGAAAGAAGAACGCUACAAAGAGUAAAAGAAUUUCAUGGAAAUUUCACAUGCUGGAAAGGAUCCAAGGGGACAUCCCCAUACACAUCUCUCUGUCCCUAUUACAGGUACAGCAAGUCUUAUAAGCAUCAUCAUUCAGUCUGCCAUCGAACCGUAUGUCCAGGACCCUGCGAUACAGAGCCAUGCUUGAAUGGUGGUACUUGUGUUCCAGAAGGUCCAGAGGGGUACACAUGUGUUUGCCCACCAGACCAUGGGGGAGACCCGCACUGUGCUCCAACACUGGCUCUGGACUGCUCUGUUGACCUGCUGUUCCUCCUGGAAGGUUCCGCCUCACUCACCCAAGAAGGCUUCCUACAGCAUAAAUUAUUCCUGAAACGCUUCUUGCAAGCUGUGAAUGUAUCUGAAACACCAAGUAAAGUUGCUAUUGCAGUGUUUGGAGGAGAAACUCGGGUGGAGGCCCAUGGCUGGAAGUUCAACAGGGACAUGAAAGGUCUCUUAAAGGCUGCUGAUGCACUUGAGCCAAUAGGGGGUCAGACAGAAACAGGCAAGGCACUUCGAUACAUCACCCGGCAUGGCUUUUUGAGUCCCCCUAUCUUUGCUGACAUCACAGACGACCUGCCACGUGUAGUGGUGGUGAUUGCAGCGACGGCUUCUGUAGAUGAUGUAGUCGAACCAUCUAAAUAUGCACGAGACAGAGAGAUGUUCCUCAUUGCAAUCGGACCAAACCAUCUUAAGGGGGAAAUGAACAACAUUACUGGAAAUCCCCAAAGGACUCUUACUUAUACUUUACCAAAUCAGCUGAGUGCCAAAAUCCCAGAGCUCAAAGCCAAGAUUUGCAGUGUUGACUCACAAGGUUGUCUUGGCCAAGCAGUCGACCUUGUGUUUGUCCUUGAUGCCUCUGCUGGUGUGGGGCGAGAAAACUUUGACUACCUGCGUGACUUUGUCCGCAGCCUUACAGUCCAGUUCGACAUCAGCCGUGAUGUGGCCCAAGUUGCAGUUGUGGUCUACAGCCGCCAACCCACGACAGUUUUUAAUCUGGACACCCAUGACACUGGCUCUGCUGUCAUGAUGGCCAUUGGUAAAACCAGCUACAUGGGGGGUGUGGCUUCUACAGGUUCAGCUUUACUUCACGUGCAAUCUAGUGUCAUGACCAUGGAAAAAGGUGCAAGACCAGGAGUGAACAAGGCUGUUGUGUUGGUGACUGAUGGUUCUGGUGAAGAGGAUGCUGUGGCUCCUGCUCAGAGGAUCAGAGACAAUGGAGUGUCAUUGUUCGUCAUUGGUAUUGGCGAUAUACAGCAUGAGAGGCUGUUGCGCAUUGCAGGUUCACAAGCUCGCAUGGUUGCUGUGCCAUCAUAUGAGGAUCUCAAAUACUUUGAGGAUGUGUUGGUGCAGAUGUUGUGUUCAGAAGUGAAAAUGCCAGUGAACCUUUGCAAGCCUAACCCUUGCAUGAAUGGAGGUACCUGCACUCUGUCAAGAGGAAGUUUCAACUGUAGUUGUGAAGGCUUUGAAGGUCCACACUGUGAGACACGAAGCACCAAAUAUUCGACCAGGGGUGACCAGCCUAGACCAGCAGGGGUGAGGAAGAGGAACAGGCAGAAGAAGAGUCACCAGGAGCUGCUACAUCACUACAAAAUGCAACACAGAAAACGUGCGGCAUAA